GCCGGGCCGCCGCGGGGGGAGCGUCCCGGCUGCCGCGGGGUAGCCUCUGCGGUCCGCGUUCCCCUGCCGGCAUCUCGUAGCGUCACGUCGUCCACGGCCGCCGCACAUGGAGUGAGGAAAUCUUCUAACUUGGAUGAAAGCACCUAGCUGUGCCAGAGCUGCCUGUCUGCGUACAACACCUAGCUGUGCCAGAGCUGCCUGUCUGCGUACAACACCUAGCUGUGCCAGAGCUGCCUGUCUGCGUACAACACCUAGCUGUGCCAGAGCUGCCUGUCUGCGUACAACACCUAGCUGUGCCAGAGCUGCCUGUCUGCGUACAACACCUAGCUGUGCCAGAGCUGCCUGUCUGCGUACAACACCUAGCUGUGCCAGAGCUGCCUGUCUGCGUACAACAAUGUACUCAUCUUUAAUGAGCAAACACGAAUGACAAGCUACAAACCUGAAAAGCAUCUUCUCUAGAAAGAUUCCUGCAUUGCAGAUGGAUGCUCUCACGGUCUGAGAGAUUGAUUUUCAUGAAAAAAUGUUUUAGCUUUCUUUCAUAAGAGAAAGGACUCACAGAACAAGUGUUUUGAAGCAGAACCUUGUAGAGUUUGACAGCCCUUGGACUUUUAUAAUAAACACCCCCAUGCAAACUUUAUUUUCCAUUUUACAACUUCAGUAGCUACAGUGAGCUAAUAAUUUCUUCCUGUGAUGGCACUCUUUUCUCAAACUAGUCAGCAGGGUUUUCAGGCGUUGCUAUGGAAAGGUCGUGUGUUCUGGCCUAUUUCAAGAUGUCAACAAUUGUUUGCUGUCUGUUUCAGCAUCCCCAAUAGGGAGAAGGUCAGAUAUUUCAGUUUUAUGACAUCGUCCAGCACUGCAUUACCAGUGGAUCCUAAAGGAACCAAUGACUUUCCUACCAAGAAAAAGUCUGAAAUCGAUUCUGAAUUAAAAAAAAGGUGGAAUGAAGACACUAAGGAAAUAUCUGAAGGGAAAAUCCACUUUUCUUCUGAUACAUCUCCAAAGAAGCAGUUAGCAAGUCAUGUUCUGAAAAGGCGUAAGUUUACCAAGCUGCUGCCUCCAGAAAAGCCUUUGCAGUCUGAGGAGUGGAACAGGCUGAGGGAAAGCUUUUCAUCACCUGAAAUAUUUGAAGAUGUGAUGCUUAACAGUAUGGUCAGUUGCAACAGCCCCAUUGAUGUGGCUAAGUCCUUGCUGACCUAUGUGGCAAAAAGCCGCGGUGACAUUGCAUAUAGUUUGUUGGUCAAAUACCUGGCAUUGUGUGUCCGGCAGGGGAAGACUUCAGAAAUCCUUGAUAUGUAUGAUAUCAUGAAAAUCAGAUUUAAGAUUUUAGAAAGUGGAGCUUACAACCUUCUUAUCAGGGGGCUGAGUAAUUCAGAUCAAUGGAGAAUGGCCUUGACUCUUUUGGAAGAGAUCAAAAAGAUUAUGACUCCCUCAAGGACAAGCUAUGAAUCGUGUAUCGAGGCAGCCAGCCGUCACCAAGAUAUGAACCUUGCAUUUGAACUCUACCAUGAAAUGCUGGAUAAGGAUUUGACCCCCACCUUGGAUGUCCUGCAGGCCUUUUUUGACUUCAGCAGGGGUAUAAAAAGUGAAGAGUUACAAAAAAAGAUGUUUGAUAUCCUCUUUUAUUUGAGAGACAACCAAAUAUACCCUCACAAGACAUUUAUGCAGAGUAUAAAGCAAUGGUUUGAAAGUAUACCAGGAGGGAACUGGAGAGGACACCUGACCAACAUUAAAGACAGUGGACAGUGCCCAGUUUGCAACCAUCAGUUGGAGGACAGCGAACUCACUGAGGAAGAGUAUAAUAGUCUCAGAGAAAGAAUCAUAAAGGAUGUGAUACAUGGGACCGACACUUUUAGAAAGACAAGCCCACAGGAAUUUGAAGCCUUUCAAACAUUUGUGGAAAAUCGACUUCCAUUUGAUAUUGUUAUUGAUGGGCUCAAUGUUUCCCACAUGAAACCGAGACAGAAGCAGUGUGAAAAUCUGUUUAAUGCUAUCAACUGCCUGGCAAAAGGGAAUGCUCGGCUGCUUGUGCUGGGACGCAAACACAUGCUGGUUAACUCCUCAAAUUGGAGAAAAGAGCUUAUGAAGGAGAUGCAGGAUAAGGCAGAGUUCUUCUUUGCUGAAAAUAUCUCUGAAGAUGAUACCUUCUUGUUAUAUGCCACUCUUCGAUCAGGCAAGCACUGCAUGUUUGUUACUAGAGACUUCCUUCGGGAUCACAAGGCUUGUCUUUCCGACAGCGCGACGCGGCAUCUGUUCCGUAAGUGGCAGCGUGGACACCAAAUAGCCUUUUCCUCCUCUGUAGAAGGAAAGCAUAUAAAUUUUUUGCCUGCUCUCCGUUAUGACUGUGUGGUGCAGACUACAGGUGAUACAUGGCAUAUCCCCUAUAAAAACAUUUUUGAGGAAAAAUAUUCCUAUCAGGUACCAAGAAAAUGGCUCUGCAUUCAACAGAAAGGGGGAAGAAUGUAAUUGCAUAAGAGGAAGCUGCUUUUUUUUGUUGUUGGCAACUAGGAAAACUCAGCAGUACAAUUACGGGAUUAAUGUGUGAGGCCUGCAACUAAAGAAAUUUCAGUAACUGCACUUUGUCAAAGUCAUUCUUGCAGUAAAUUUGUUAACAUCAAUGGUUGUCCAUCAGGAACAAAUCAGGUCUGUCAUUUCCAUCUUUACAGGUGAUUUCUGUAGGCUCUCAAUGUGAUUUGAAUUAAAACUUGUUUUUUCCCUCUUAGCAUUUCAGAUUGUGGUGAGUUUAUCUUAACGUUUUUUUAGUCUAUACUGAAAUCCAUAAACUUUUUACUUCAAAGAAAUUAAGCAGGACUUGGAAAGUACCUUCAAAAUUUGUAGGGCUGAGCUUACAACGGUGCUGCACAAUGUCUGCCACCAAUAAAUGGAGCUAACGAGGCCAAAUGGUAUGUUUACCAUUUGCCAGUCACACAUAGCCCUUAAUACUUCCACACACUAAUUAGAAUUCAUUUGAUCACACAGAGCACGAGAGAUUUGUUAUAGCAACAUAUGUUAAGGUUUUGUUUAGAAAAGUAAGAAAACAGCCAGUGGGAAUGUUGUAUGACUUUCACACUCUUAAAUUUGCUGCUUCUGGCAAGAUUCCAUGUCACUGGAAUAGUUUGCUUAUGGAAAUCCGUGAGUGUUUUUAAAUUAAAAAAAUAUGACAACUGUAAAUUCUUUCAGGAAAAUGAUAGGGCAAAAGUGAAUUUUGCAAAGAGAUUUCUGUAAAACCUGUCCCAAGUUAUAAAGCAAGGAAAAAUGUUUAUAUUACAGGAAAAGUGUUCUAAUAUGUUAUUUGUAAGUGUGUGUAGGGUAAACGUGCUCAUUUAUUGCACUUAACAUUUGAAUGCAAAUCUUUCUCCCCAUAGAAAUGCCACAUUAAACUCAGAUAAAAUAC